GGUGAAGUUACCUUCAAUGAGGAAGGUGCAAGGCGCAUUUCAACUGUAACUUUGCUACAAUACAGAAGCUCAGGUAUCACCGGUGAUGUAAGCGAAGUAAAGAUUGCAGAGUACGACAUAGGAAAUGGUGACCUUGUCUAUCUUCCAGAAGAAAGCAAUGCUACCGUGUUUCCAGAUGGAGUUACGCCGGAUGGUACGCCCCGAAAUGUGACUGUGUCAUUCUACCUCGCCCUGGUCUGCUACCUACUACACCAUCGCUGGAGUCGGCAUUGUCUUCACAUUUGUCUGUCUAAUCUUCAACGUCAAGUA